AUGAAAGGCAAACAAAUAUUGGAGUCAUGGCUUUUAAAAACUGUCCGUAUCACUCUGUCAGAUUUCCGUGUUUUUACAGGAAAACUUAUUUGUAUAGAUAAUGAAGGCACAGUCAUUCUUUCAGGUACACAAGAAGUCAACAAAGGUAAAAAACGAUCAAUUGGUUUAGUGGUACUUCCGGGAAAAAACAUCAUACAAUUUGAGAUUCAUGCAGAAGAAACGAUCAUAUAA